UUUAAUUAUUGGGUUAAAUAAUUAGAUUCAUUAAAAGAAGCGUCUGGAAGGCGCUCCAGAAUUGUGAUCCAGUUUCCUAGGCAUGACUGAGAAAAUAAAUUUCCAAUGAUUCCUUGUGUCUGCUUUAGUAGCCAGGUUGCCUUUGUUUGGGGCUUAGAAACCUCACCUGUGGUAUGAAUCCAGGUAUACCAUGAAGGGAUAGCAGAAGUGCAUCCCCUCUCUGAUCCACCAAAAUAAAAUCCAAAGGUAUUCUGUUACCCACGGGAAUUUGAGCUAAGGAAUUGCAGCUCAUUGGUUGCACUCCAGGGUUUGGGCUGUCUUAUUUGCUAUGUCAGCCAAAGUGAGAGAAAAGGAGGACCUUGGGCUGUCCAGCUCCUAUGGAUGACUCUCUGUCCUCAGAAGUCUGGUCCACCCUAUUGGUAUUUGAUAGCCCGGAAAGGUUCCAUUCCUUCCAACACCAUGUGAGAUGACAUAGUCCACUGCAGGUGUUGGGGAGUUGUACACAUGGAAUGGUCCAAGUACUCAUCACACAGAAUAGUCCUGGUUCUGGUUGGCAUUGAAGACUGUGCUUUCCACUUAAGAAACGAAUCAUGUCAACAAGCAAUAUUGUCUGUCUAUAUUUGUCAACAAUUCCCCUUGAGAGUUUAGAGGAAGGGUAGGAAUGUGGCAAUAAAGCUGGGUGGCAUCCCUGGGCAGACUUGAGAUGAGAGUUCUUUGCACGGCUUUCUGCUCACAGUAAAUACAAGGGUCUUUUUCAACAGGCUUCACAUUCUUUAUGGACAGAGGAGUUUUGAUUCUGGUUUAUUUUAGGAGCCAACUGUUUUCUCCAAGAGGCCAUUUCUGGUUAAUCUUGGAGGACUCUUUGAAGAUGAUCCCGAGAUCUAAGCUGGCAUUUCCCAUUCCAAUUUAUUUUAUCUAAGUUCCCUAUUUUAGGUCUGAGUCUUUUACAAAGAGUGAAGGGAAGCCUCCUUCUACUUAAGCUGUUGGUCUGCCCUAGAAUUUCUUGGAAAGUGUCUUGAAGUCUAUUACAUUAAAUCUCCCAGUAAUUCAUCUUGACUCUGUUUGCCAUUUUGAAUCUUUGCUCAAUCUACCCAGAAGAGGAAGACUUUUCAAAUAUUUUCAGAUGGUACAUUUCCUAUUUUUCUUCCCAAGUCCACUUUUUUGAGUUAUGUGUCAGGGGGUUAUUUAAAUCUUCUGGCCUUUUCCAUCCUGCUGCUCCUAAACAUGUUUCCCCCUUCUCUGAAGGUCAACCAUUAAGUGAAGUGAUGGGUACAAAUAUGGUGGUCAAGAUGGGUGAGAAUAACUAACAGAAUCCCAAGUUCAAUACAUCCGCUUUCUGUCAUUCUGAAAUUUGGAAUGAUUCUAAAUCUUUGCCCUCAACUCUUCUGUUACCCAGGAUUUGAAUUCAGCCUCUCAGGACCCACCUCCUGGUAUAGAGGUUUUGGGGGGAUAGUGUAUGAUGUUGAUUGUUCUUUUCUACAGAAAUGAAGGGAAUUUAUUUAGGCAGUCACGGGAAGGAAUAGAAAGAGUGUAAGUGGGUAGUAACAAUAAAGCUGGGUGGAGAGAGAAAAAGAGAUAUAAAGAAAGUAGGUUUCAGAAGGUUUGAGUAGGAGUACUUUUUUUUUUUCUUUCUGAGGCUAGAACAUACCAAUCAAGGAAGCUCUCUCUGCUGCAUAUUUGGUAUUUUUGUCUUCUCUUUUUUCUAGAGUCCCUCUGAAAUCUCUUAUUUUUGACAUUAAAGGUUUGCCAUACUGCCCAUAAUUUCAAGUCACCUGGUGAAAUUUUUCCAUUUAUUGAUGUAUGAACACACAUGAAGGGACAUAGAGUGAGAGUGUCUAUACAAAGCAGGAGUUUUUCCAAGAAGAGGCAGCAACUUUGGUGUAAAUGAGAUCAUGACAAACAGGAGAGGACACACCACAGUUGACCCCAGUUAUGUGUAGUGUCUUGAAUUCCAUGCCCUAAGAAAACCUAAAAGAAGCCAUCUGAUCAAUAACCUGGAAAUCCUCACUCCAGAACAUGGGCUGAGGAAAGUGACCUUUCAUUAAUUAAGCUAACAAGAGAGAACAGGGGCUCAUGAAGAUUUGUGGGAAUCCAAGGCAGAGUUUUAACAAUUACCUUUAUACCCACUGAUCACCGCCUAACAGACCUCCCACCAUUAGUCCUCAGAGCUGACCUGUGGUGAGAGCUUGUCAGACCUAUGCUUCCAUUCCUUCCUUAGGAAACAUUUCCUUCAACAUUCAAUAUAUGUGAGGCAAUCUAGAAUGAAGGAAAAUCCCACGAGGCAAGAAUUUACAUGAAAGAAAUUGAAAUUAAAGCAAGCAGCAGAAUAAACAUAUUAAUGGCAAGGAUAUUUGCUAAAUGGUGCAUAUCCAAAACAAAAGACCUCAUUGCCUUAUAUAAAUUUCUAUCUGUUUAUAAAUCCUGAGAAGAUACAAUAAGUUCAUCAAAGAGAGCUCAAGGAAAUAUCAGAGCUCCAAUCGUGUCGAAAAACUCACUUGGCAACCAAUCCCAAAGACUGUUGGAGGUGGGGGCUCACUGGACCCCUGGAGGACCUCUUGGGUCCAAGGAUCCCGCAAAAUGGGGACAUUCAUGUGUCUAGUCGGCUGGAUGUAUCUAGCCACAAUAUAGAAAUUGUGCUAUUGUCAAAUAGCAUACAUGCCAGAAGUUAAAGGUUUUGUAUUAAUUUAAGAGGUCAAGGGUAAAAGAAGCAAAAGAUGUUAGGAGACUAUUGUUCUAAUUCAUGCAAGAGAUAAUGGUGGCUUGGACCAGGGGAGAGCAGUAGAGAAAUUGAGAAGCGAGUGUCCAUGAGUGAGGCAGCUCACACAGUGAACUGGGUCUUGUGAGGGACAUCACCAAUACCAUAGUAAAAAUUUCCUAAAAGGGGGUCUAGCCACGGAAGGGGGAGUGAGAACAGGAAGUAUCCAGAGACAAAGGAGCUUGGGAAUAAAACAAGGUUUUAUCAUUCUGGACCAACAGAACCAGAAAGAUCCAUAAAGGCACCAUCUAGCCCAACUUCCUCUUCUCCUUGAUGAAGCCCCUGAGACUCAGAGAUGCACGCGGACUUGCCCGCAGCCACUCAGCAAGUUAGUGGCGGAACCAGGACCUAAACCUGCAAGACUGAGCUUCAUUGCAUGUUCUCCUGGGACCUAGACCAGCUGGAAUAUUCUGGAGCCAACGAACCAAUGAAGGGAAGGGAGAAGGGAUGGAAUGGCCAUUGACUUGGCAUUUAUUGGCAUUAUCGUGUGCCAAGCACCACGGGGGUUGGGGGGGGUGACUUGUCACAUAUUUAACCCUUUACUUCUGCAGGCAGACUCUUCAUUCCCCCUUUCCCCAUGAAAAGACUGAGGUUCCAGAAGGUUAACAAAUCUACCCAAGAAUACGCACCUAGAAAUGGGGUAGAGCGUGUUUGUGGGUUGGCAUAAGCCGGGAUUUUGUGGUCAGGGGAUUCUACCUAGAGUGCGAACACAGGUAAAGGACUAGCGUUUUUCAUCCACAGUCUUAUGUUUAUUUAGGAAAACAGUCCUGCUCCGGGAACUGGGCUCCAAGUCAAGACCAGCUGAUUCAACCAAGAGCCCCCUCCAGGCAGAGCUGGCAGAGUAAAAUUUCAACUCAUCUCCAUGGGUGAGAAAAUUCCGUAGAGAAUGGGGAAAGUCAUUCUAAGAGAGGGCAACCUACACAGAAGGGUGUGGGUCUUGGGAGCAGGGAAGGCUAUUCUAUCUUGGGAGAGGCUGACCCAGUAUGACCCCCAUCACGCUGAAUUUCCAAUGGCCCCCAUUCCUUGGUCUCCUCCAACAGCCCACCAAAACCUGGCCUCGAAGAUCUUCUGCUUAUGCUGCAGAGACUGUGAGGAGCCCCACACCAUGGACGACUCCAAGGUCCCCAGCCAAACCCAAGAGCAUCAGCCAUCGAACUGCAGUGGGUACCAGACAGUAACAACCCCCCCCACCCCAACCUCUCUAGACCUCCUUGUGUUCCUCCCCUUCUCCUCCCCGCCUAACGGUGUGGAAUUAUCACCAUCAGGCUUGCAGAAGGGGGAGCUGUCCAGCAGAAGUUCCAAGCAUGCUAAGGAAGCCUCCGGCUUGCCUUUGGGACAACCUCUGAUCCACCCAGAAAAGAAAGCCUCUUCCACCAGCAACAACGAGUAUGAAGAAUGGAAUACACGUGUGUGCCCAAGAGGUUUUUACAAGAGAAACCUAAACCGCUACUCUCAGGACCACUGGCCAUUCCAGCCAUGCCACAUAGGGAGACCCUGACCAUUCUAGUCUGCAGCUCCCAGGCAGGCCUCCAGGACUGCAUGCUGCUGGAGGUGCUCCGGGAAGAAGGGGGCGGUGAGCGGGGGCCAUGAAGACAGAUUCAGAAACUCCCCCAGAGGAGGAGAAGAAGUCUGAGCCACCUCUGAGCCACCAGCAAGAAUUCCUUCGGCUCCUGAAAAAGCCACUGUGGGGGGAGCUGCCUCCAAUUAAAGCCCUUGGUGAUAUCACGGGACUGUGUCUCCUCCUUCCCCCUCCUCACCAGGGAGUAGCUCUUUCAAAUGUCUUACUGUUUUUAAAUACAUGGUCCCAUCUAACUAAGCUAAAACAA